ACUAAACUUCGCUGAACUCCACCACUUCGCUGAAUUGAAGAGUUUCCUCACUCCGGUGGAAACGUUUCGAUGGGUAUCGUACGAAGCGUACACUGCACGUAUAGGUUAUACGAAAAGUGUCGCGGGGACUAUGUCCUAAACAGAACAUCUAUUUUCGCUGAUUUUCCCUGAGUGCCCAGGCUUGUAUAUAAGACAAUGAGUGCGACGACGAAAGUUACGGCAUCCAACAAUGCGAAAUCCUAUGGGAAGAUUGUGUUAACUUUACAAAAUUGCCUCUUGCCGGAGGAGAAGCUCAACUCAACACCGUCGCAUCUAGAUGGUUUGGACGCAGAAACAGAAACCGACCUGAGAAUUCUCGGCUGUGAACUCAUACAAACUGCUGGAAUUCUAUUGAAAUUACCCCAGGUUGCGAUGGCUACAGGACAAGUUAUUUUUCAAAGAUUUUACUAUAGUAAAUCUCUUGUACGCCAUAACAUGGAGACAACAGCAAUGGGCUGCAUUUGUCUGGCUAGUAAAAUUGAAGAGGCUCCAAGGAGGAUAAGAGAUGUGAUUAAUGUUUUUAAUCACAUUAAACAAGUUUCUGGUCAAAAACCAAUACAGCCUGUUAUCCUUGAUCAGAAUUACGUGGCAUUGAAAAAUCAAGUGAUCAAAUCAGAACGGCGUGUUCUAAAGGAAUUGGGAUUCUGUGUCCACGUUAAGCAUCCACACAAAAUCAUUGUCAUGUAUUUACAGGUGCUAGGCUAUGAGAAGAAUCUUGCUUUGAUGCAAAAAUGCUGGAAUUACAUGAACGACUCACUCCGUUCUGAUGUAUUUCUUCGGCAUCAACCAGAAACCGUUGCUUGCGCCUGCGUCUAUUUGGGUGCUCGUCAAUUACAACUUCCACUGCCAUCAUCACCUGCGUGGUUCUGUCUGUUUAAAGUGACUGAGGUGUCCAUCAGAGAUGUUUGUAGAAGAAUUCUUAGGCUCUACUUUAGACCUCGCGUAAGGCCUGAACAAUUAGAAAAACGAGUAGAAGAACUCCGCCGCAAGUACGAGGAAGCCAGAACGAAAGCCAGAGGGGAAACUGAUGGUCAUACACCAAGUCCACCCUUGCCUAAGCACCAUAAUGCAUGGGGUGGUUUCAUUAGUCGUAGUGGAACUCAUGCUGUACCUGAAAGGACUAAGUCACCCAGGUACAUUGAUCUUGGCGAUCGAGGACAGCGAGUACGUCACCAUCACGUGGAGAAGGUACGAAGCACUCGAAAAGAAAGAAGCAUGGGAGUAGAAGCCGUUCACGGAGUCACAGUCACGGGAGGUCGAGGAAGCCGAAAAAGGCGCAGAGACGACGAUCGGGUAGUCACAAAUCCUCCAGGAGUCGAUACAGGUCACGAAGUCGUUCAAGGGAUCGCGACACGGAGAAAUCCAGUAAACAUCGUAGUAAGCAUCGACGACACUGAAUUCGAGUACGCUCAAGCAUCGAUAAUUCUUUUUUAAUCCGAAAAUAUCAACCAGGGGAUUUCCAGGAACUCGACGGUGGACAUUCGUUGAUUGGUGCCUCUUGUUGAGUUCUUUGUGAAUUCGCUAAACGAACUUUUGUUUCGUAAAUUUCUUUUAGAAAAUAUAACUUUUAUACCGAUAAUUUAGUGCUGGGGCACACGGUAUGAGUCAUACGGUGCACCGUUGGGGUAAACGUUAUACAGUGGACAGGUAAUAGGACAAAUGGACGGAAACCCUCGGGUAUUUAGAAAAUCAGGUAUACUUUCGCCUUAUAAGAGUAAUAAUAAAAAAAGUGUAAACGUAUGAAA